AUGGAUAGGGACAUUCGCGCGCUUCAAAGAGCAGUGUGGCACUGCGGUUUCGGCCUAAAGCAGGAGAAGGAAGCAAACGAGCAUACGGAUCAACUGAUGACGGCAAAGAAGCAUACGGAUUACCUGAUGGUAACGCAAAUGGUAAGCGUAGAUUUCGAGAUUGGGGAAGGGAUUCUGGAGUUUUUUGGACACACUGCCAGAAGGGGUAAUGAUAAAUUGGAAAAGUUACUAAUCACUGGUAAGGUGGAAGGAAAGAGACCUAGAGGCAGAAGUCCGAUACGCUGGACGGAUCAGAUUCGCACCACUCUCAAGACUACAGUCCACGAUGCUCUCCACUCGGCGGCAGAUAGAAAUAGAUGGCGGAGAGUAAUACGCAGUACACUGCUUCCACGAGGUGGUCACGACCCUCAGCACUGA